AUGCUGGCGUUGUCAACGAACAUUCCGCGCGCAGAUCAGCCUCUUCGGUCAUCACCGGAUCCAAUUCACCAACAGCCCGACAUUCCCACAUGCUGCCCCCUUACUGCAACUUCCCCGACACCCACGGCGACGACCAUUCUUACCACCAGCGAUCACAAUCUCGAUGCCUCGCCACUGUACAACACCGCCAUAUUCAUCAUCCCUGUCACAACCUACACCGAGAAGACGACGACCAGAGCGCCCACUCCCGCCACCGGUGGAAACAUUCCCGGCGCCGUGCCAACCAUCAGACUCACCGUCACCACCUCCAUCUCCUGUGAUGCGGACUUGGUUCCUCAUUACGAUCGCAUGCUCCACCCAGGCAUCGGAAUGGUCGGUCACUUACGAGCUGGCGCUUAA